ACAUAUAUUUCCUCUCCAUGCAUUUGGCACAGUUCCAAAUGUUUUUUAAUUUUUUUUUCUCCUAGCUAAUUUAGCAUUCUCUCAGAUAGAUCUGCAGCUGAAUCUAAAUAAAUCAUGUUAUCUUUGCAUUAAAAACUGUGGUUUAAUUUUUCUUCCACUUUUUUUUUCUCUAGCUAGAGUUAAUCUCUUUCUUGGGGAACUGAUUUGAAUAAUUUGUGACGAUGAGUGAUGUUUGCUAGAAGAGUUUUGAAUUGAUUGUUUUUUCGAGCUCCUUGUAUUUUCGUGUGUUUUUUGUUCGUGAACUUUUUCGGACAACGCUUUAGAGAGCUAGAUUUACUGUUUUAUUACGAAAUUACUUGGCAACAUGUUUUUGUUUGUGUCUGAAAGGAGAAAUCAGUUCAUCCUUGGAGCAACCUAACUGUGUUGUGACCUAUAUAUACCUAAGAUUUUUCUCAAAAGUGUUGUGGUUAUAGGACAAGCUAGAUCUGAUGAUUAGUUUAUGUUCCGAUCUCCCCUUAAAAUUGCAAGCUCUUCAAUCAUAUGUAGUCAUGAACAAAGCACGUGUGAUCAAUUUCCUCCAACUAAGAUUUAAUUUGAGGAUUUUAAUUUUACAAGAUGUUUUUUUCCCUUGAAUUCUGGGGAGCUAGGGUUCUUCAGAGAUGGGAAGGGGCAAGAUCGAGAUAAAGAGGAUCGAGAACAACACGAAUCGACAGGUGACCUUCUGCAAGCGCAGGAAUGGAUUAUUGAAGAAGGCUUAUGAACUCUCCAUUCUCUGCGAUGCAGAAGUUGCUCUCAUCGUCUUCUCCAGCCGCGGCCGCGUCUAUGAAUAUGCCAACAACAACAUUAGAUCAACUAUUGAGAGAUACAAGAAAUCAACUACAGAUAGCUCAAAUGCUUGCACCACUCAAGAAAUCAAUGCCCAAUUUUACCAACAAGAGUCCAAGAAGCUGCGUCAGCAAAUACAGAUGCUCCAGAACUCCAACAGGCAUCUUAUGGGUGAAGGGUUGAGCUCUCUAAAUGUGAAAGAGUUGAAGCAGCUGGAGAGCAGGCUUGAGAGAGGCAUCACUAGAAUCAGGGGCAAGAAGCAUGAACUAAUCCUUGCUGAAACCGAGUGUCUGCAGAAAAGGGAAGCUCAGCUCGAGCAGGAAAAUGCCUGCCUCAGAGCCAAGAUUCAAGAAAAUGAGAAGCUUCAGCAACUGAGCAUGAUGCCAUCUGGGCAAGACUUUGCCUUUCAGGCAUACUAUGCAAGAAAUAUGCUCCAACUUAACAUGAUGGAGAGUGCAACUGUUUAUGCAGCACCUUCAGACAAGAAAACCGUCCAUCUUGGGUAUUAAUUAAGUGACAUUCUGAAAGAUUAAUCAUGCAAAUCUGAGGCUGACAGCAAGUUGGGUGAGAAAAAGGAACAAAAAACUUACUAUUUCCAAGUGUUUAAUUCGAUCUAAUAUAACUAAUAGUGCCGUUUGUGGCUAUUUCAAGUGUUUAUCGCAAGACAUGAAUCCACUGAUUUAUGUUGUGUUUGUGGUCGGUUCUAUCUUGAUCAAUGCAUAUUAUCCUAUAUAAAUCAAAGAAUAUGCUUA